AAUCCCCAAAAUCACAUGCAGGCGAGGCGCCGCCGCGUCCCUCCAAACCCAGCCGCCGGGUCGCCUUAACGCCGUGGCGUCCAACGAGGCGCCGCCGCCAAACCCAAUCGAAGAUCGUUCACGUCGCCCCGAGAUGAAGAUGAAGAGGAGGAGAGCGAGCUCUGCUACCACGCUUCCGGACGAGCUGGUGGUCGAGAUCCUGGCGCGCGUAACGGACGUGGCGGGGCUGUUCCGGUGCGCCACGGCGUGCAAGCGAUGGCGCCGGCUCAUCGCCGACCCUUUCUUCCUCGUCGACAUCUGGCCCAAGCGCGCGCACCACCCGCCGUCAUCUGUUGUUGGUGUCUUCCUUACCAAGCGCAGGCCGGUGUGCUAUGGAGAGAAAAGGAUCAUGAACGCCCCCGCCUUCGUCCCGUUGCCGCGACUGGCCAUCAGCUUUGGCAGCAGUUCCAUGGUCUCCUUUCCACCCGGCAACGACGCCGGCUUUUUGGAUGGCACGGUUACUGCGGUCACCUCGCGGGGCGGCCUCCUCCUCGUCCGCCUCACCCGACGGGAACCAGCUGGUCAUCCUUCCCAGAGCGUUGACCGUCUGGCCGUGUGCGACCCGAUCGCUGGGACGACCGACCUUCUCCCGCCGCUGAUCUACCAAGGAUGGAGGGUACAAAACUAUGCUAUUUUGACGGAUGCGGACCUCCGCUCGAGCGGAGUAGUGCAGCGACGGCGACAGCGGCCAUUGCCUGGCUACUCAGCGUUCUUCAAAGUGAUAGCCAUGGUCGUGAAGUCUGGGAUGUUCAAGAUCUACACGUUCUGCUCCAGCGAGCCUGAGUGGAGCACGAGAUACCAGCGCUUUGAGAAGCCAGAUGGCGGCCGCGAAUUGAUAUCCUGCUGGCCGGACAAUGCCGUUGUGCGCCAUGGCACACCGCACUGGCUCAUCUACAACAUGUUGCACCAUUACGCGCUUAGCGUUAGCGGCGCCGAAACAAGCCACGCCCUCUUGACCAAGAUCUCCAUACCAGUGAAGCACUUCAACAUCAGAGUCCAUGAUUUCCCACACCUUAGGGUCACCUCUGGUGGCGCACUCUCAUUGUUUUGGCUGCACAAGGAUGGCCGCCGGCUCGAAACAUGGACGCGGCAAGACGACAGAGAGAGCAACGACGAUGGUGCAGGCUGGUUUCCCUCUCUGAUUGAGUUGAACCUACCCGAGCAAAGGCAGAUGAACGGACCGGCGUGCUUAAUAACAGAGAUGAACGGUGUACUGCUCAUCAAGGACAAUGUAAAACGAGUGUAUGUUGUUGAUAUCAAUACAGGGGCGCCGGUGAUGGAGGAGGUGACUGACUCGUUCCGUGAAAUGGGGUGUAUUUGGAAGGCCGUUCCCUUUGAAGUGGAUUUGCCAGCGUUCUUCCUAUCUAAGCUUAAACUUGGGGGAAGACUUAGAUAG